CAUGAUAUAAAAGAGAAAAAUAGGUACAAAAAUGAGGGGGGCAACACCUGACCUCAAACCUAUCUAAUUCUAUAAUAAGACCUCAAACCUAUCUAAUUCUAUAAUAAAGAAAACCUAUCAAAUUCCUGUUAAAAAACAACUGAACUUCAGAAGGAAUAUCAUUCCACCAAGUAAAAUUGGGAAUACUAAAACCUAAAUUAGCUAAAGAGUCAGCACAGUGGUUACCUUCCCUAAAUAUAUGAGUGGCAAAAAAAUUAAAGUUUCUCAUUUUGAGCAUAGAAUUAUCCCAUUGUUUACACAGAAAAAUGGUAAACAAGCGCUAGUUUCCUUUUUAAAGAUUACUUUUGCGGAAUCAACUAGAAUAUUCCAGGACUAAUUGCUUUAAUUUGUUUAUUACGUGUAUCUGGUUUGUAUUAAAUGCAACAGUGACUUUGAAAGUAAAAGUAAACACUGAAAUUGAAGGCUUUAAAAUAAAUAAAAGCAAUUAAAAAGCAGUAAAUGUGCACUGAAAAUGAAAUAUAACGUAAAAUGAUUGCAUAAAUUACACUGGUACGCAUACGUACAUUCCAAAGUUGCACUCGUCACUCAUUAUUGCACAGAGAUUUGAGUUUACUUGUGUUUUGUAGAAAAUGCGGACCCUAAACUGUUCCUAUGGAACUUGCUUAAAUAGUAAAAAUAAAAUAACUACUACUAACGGUCGACUGAUUAUCAGUCAACACGUGUCUUCGACAUGCAAGAUCUUCAACUGUGAGACCUCCACGCGUCCUGUUAAAACUGCCAGAAAACUGCUUGAAACUGCCUCUUAACUUCUGAUGCCUUCCGACUUCAGGGCUAUACUUAAACAAAACGUCUAAGUUUUUUCUGUUUGUUCUAGUUGAACAUGCAUAUUGACUAAUUCUAGUCGAACCUUGGCAAUGAUGAUUUAUAGAUAGUCGAACGUCAACUUUGACUAAACAAGACCUUUUAGUCAGACUUUUCUCUUUAGAUUCUUUAAUAAUCUCACCUGUUUUAGGGAUUAUUUACCAUUAUUUAAUAAGUCGAAAUCCUAGGGUAACAAAUUGCCCCCCAAGCGACUUCUUUCGACUGACUUCAGGAAAGAGAAAAAUGGCGUUUCAGUUCUUUCUUAGGUUUCGACUUUUGUUCUCUUCUGACGUCAUGAUUACUUUGCGCAUCCCUAGGUACUAAUUAUUACCUAAAUCUUAGGUAGUGGGCUAUAACUGCUCCCCACUUUCUAAAAACCAGUUUCCAAAGCGUUUCUUUGACAUGACCUUUGAUUUCUACAACUUCUUUUUGCACGAUUUCUGCUGACGUCACUACCAGCUUAUAUAUAUGUGCAGGUUCCUUCUCCUUUUUAUUUCUUUCUUCUCGUUUCCUUCUCUUCUCAAACGUUUCAGAAAGAAACACCCCUCUUUUCUAACCUUUAACCAUUUUCUUCUUCUCCUUCCAUACAUAACAAUGGCUGCUGCAACCACCAACACUACCGUUUACGCUACAGGUGCUAACCCUUUAGGGUUUAUUAUGUCUCGUGAAGAAGAAGAACAAGGGUUGGAUUUUGUUCCUCAACCCAACCUCACAGAAGCCAAAGCCAUUAUUUGGCAAAACCAGAUGUUAAUCCCUUUUCAGAUUACUGAUAGAUUAAUGGCUUUCUCAGGGCCAUUACCAGAUCACCGUUAUCAUCCAGAACAAACCACUGGUUUCUUUCCUUGCUUCCAAACCACUAUGCCUGUAGCUUUCGACAAACCACGUCCCCUCGACUUGAAGUUUAUGGACCCUUCACUUAGGGUGUUUCGUUCGACUCCAGCUCCUGGCAACAAAGAGUAUUUGGCUUGGCUUAACAAAGUUCAAGCGAAAAAGCAACAAAGAUGGGAGGAAUUGGGCAUCUUCGACGCCAUACAACUAUCCAGAACUGGUCAUAGGGUUUGUCCUCCAAUGUUACUUGCUUCGAUAUUUUUCUGGGAAGGUUCGACUAACACCUUCCACUUUCCUUGUGGAAUGAUGACUCCCACUCUCUUUGACGUGGCUACCAUCACAGGGCUUUCGCCAUUGGGUGAGAUCUUCGACCCUACUCUUCCCACAGAAAUGAAUUUCAACUUCACCAACGCUACCAUCACCAAGUAUAUGCAAGAUCAUUAUGACAAGUCGACAGAAGAAGUCUCUGACGAAGAGCAUGUUGCCUUCCUCACCUACUGGCUCUCAUACUAUCUGUUUUGUCCAGGAUCAGUUCAGAUUGCUAAAGCUUACAUACCUUUGGCUAUUCAGAUUCAUGAAGGUCGAAAGGUCUCUUUAGGUAAGCUUCUCCUUGCUUAUCUUUACCAUACUUUAGGCAUAGCAUCUUUAAGGAUCAAACGUCUGCACGAAACUCCAAAACAACUCUCUCUGUCGGGACCUUAUUGGCUCUUGCAACACUGGUUGAAUGCCACCUUCGAGUCACAUAUAGGUUACACUGUUUCCAGGUCCAUUCUAGAGGUCAUGUAUGACCGGAGGGUCGAAGGCAUCAAACUUGCCUUUCAAACUCCUCAAGAUGAGUCUAACAGGCCCAACCUUCUCAAAUAUGUGAGAUUGUUUUCUGAAUGUAAAACAUUCAUAGCUUCUAUGGCCCCUUUUUCCAAUCGAUGCUUUGGGCCGACUUGGUUCAAAGCUGUUUUCCCUGGAAACACUCCAACCCUUCGAGCUCAACUGAAUGCUAUUUGGGCUGCUUUUCUGACCCCAACACUUCUCUCUCAUCGUAUUGAGUCGACAGGCAAGUGCUAUGGGUUUGUAAGUUAUCAACCAAAUUUGGUCUCUCGACAAUUUGGUUUGAGCCAGAUGCUGCCCAAAAGCCUAUAUUCUCAUGACAAUGACAUUUGUUACUCCGGUCGACCGUUUACAUCUCGUCAACACCUUGACUGUUUAAAGUUUCAUAACAAACAAUCUCUGGAACACCCAACUUUCACCUUUCAAAACUCCUAUUUUACAACUAAAGAGUUUAGUGAGUGGUGGUCUGAAUACUACCAACUAUUUGAUCGAGAUUCUUUUAUCAAGAAACUGAAUACUGCGUUCGACAAGUUGGAGGAUCAACUUACCAUAAAUCUUUCAGGGCCUGAUCUUACCAAUCAAAUCGAAGCUCCUGCUCCUAAGCCAGGUCGAAAGCGCCCCAGUACGUCGAACAACACCACCACCAAGAAAAACAAAACUGUUAGAAAGUUGGUAGUUCCUACUGAAUCAGACGAAACUACGUCUCCACCGAAUCAAGAAAGUGAGAUUUUUUCACGACCCCCGCUUCCGACUCCACCAAAGAGACGAAAAAUUGUAAAGAACAUUCCCAAAGUGGUUCUCAAGCCUCAAACAGCUCCAACAAUCUCUUCGUCUCAAAUUCUUCCUGAGGUAACUUAACAUUCUCUUCCAAUAUAUCUCUUUCAAUAUCUCUGUUUUCUAACACUUUUCCUGAAUAGAAUGCACCAACUGUCGACCACACUCAGGAGAAAGUUGUCGAGGUUGCUGAAAAAAUUGCUGAAGCUACUCCUGACUCCAACCUUUUUAGCCCUCAAAGGACUGACGCUUUUGGAAGCAACACUGAUUCGGCUAACACUCCAGGUCGAAGUCGAACAGAUCCCCAGGACAAACCCACCGUCGAACAAACACCUGUCACAAAAAUUGUUGAAGCUGGUGAUGUCCCUCGACCAGAACACAAUGCAGUUUCUCAGUCCAGACAACAUCCUAUUGCUGACGAUACUAACUCCAACAGUUCUCUUAGUCAGGAGGAAAUUCUGGACUUGAAGAAGACUAAUCCUUUAGAAGCUCUCUUUCAACUUCAAAAGCUGCGACCAAGUUCUUUUGAGAUUCCUGCUCAAUCGACCAAUCCUGAUGCUGAGAUUGAUGCUUCUCUUGUCGAAGCUAUAUGCCAGCUAAAAACCCAUCUGAACGAACCUGAGUUUCUCGCUGUUCUUGAGAGUUCUGAACAUCUUGGUGGAGAAAUUCGUAAGAUCCUAGACUUACUAAUCAAGCUUCUCUUCCAGCAGUUGUUGUUCAAUUCUUCUUUGAUUUUGAGGCGUACUUCGACCAACUCUGGAGGGACCUUAUGACGAAGAAGAACAUCACUCGUCAAGCAAAGAACAAAGAGCGUGAAAUGGAGAGGGAAUGGGAUGCCAGUGCAGCUUCGACCAAAAAGGUUGAAGAAUUUCAGGAGAAAACUUUAAAGUUUUCUGAUAAGAAGGGAGAGAUCGACAACAAGAUUGCUGACUACAAAGCUCAAAUUGAUGCUCUCAACAAGAAGAUUCAAGGUCUUGAACAAGAGAAAAUCAAUUUAGCCCAAACUGAAGAAAUCCCUUCGCCUGAAAUUAUUAACCAAGAAGUCUUGAAAGGACUUGGUCAUGGUGAAAAUGCCCUCAAGUUGGAAAGCAACAUUCGACAACUUAGGCAAAACUUGUCUCGACUUGAUUCUAAGAUUGACUUUGAGUCAGCCAAGCUAGCUUAUUUUAGGAACAACUUUCCAACUUUGUAAUUUUGUUUUCGACUAACUGGCUAUAUUUUGUAAUGACUGCCAACGCUCUUUAUAAGGAACUUUUUGUAAUGAUUGGCCAAAUUUUUAGCCAUUUUAAUAUAAUCUUUUGGUUUUAUUCUAUUAUGCGAAUUUCUUGAAGUAUAGGUUUAUAUUUCUUCAAAUAUUUACCGUUUAUCCUCAAGAUUCGACCAUCUGAAUUUAGUUCUUCAAUUUCAUAUGCAUUGUUUGAAAAUACUUGCAAAAUUUUGAACGGUCCUUCCCAACUUGGGGACCAUUUACCCAAUAACUUAUUCCUUUGAUCCAUGGGUAAAAUAACUUUCCAUACAUAAUCACCUAUCAUGAAUGUUUUUUCUUUGACUUUCUUGUUGGAAGCUUUCGCCACUUUUUUCUUUUGUUUUAUCAACCUAUCCAACGCUAUUAGUCGUUCUUCGUCUAACUCUACUAAUUCGUCUAACAUCAUACUCCAGUAUUCAUCAAACGAAAGACUGUUUUGUCGUUGAAUUCUAGCUGACUGUAAAUGAAUUUCUGCAGGCAACACAGCAUCAUGCCCAAAAGUCAAACGAAAUGGGGUAGUAUUUAUUGCUUCCUUUGGUGACGUUCGACAAGCCCAAAGGAUUUGUUUGAGCGUUUGAUGCCAAUUUCUUGGCUUUCUCCCCACAUGCUUUUUUUAUCAAAUUUAUAAUAACUUUGUUAGCAGCUUUGACUUGACCAUUAGCCUGAGCAUAAUACGGAGUGGAUGUUAGUAAUUUAAAUCCUGUUUCAGCUGCAAAAGCUUGCAUCUUUUGACCAAUAAAGACUGAUCCCUGAUCAGUAGUGAUAGUUUCUGGAAUUCCAUAUCUGUAAAUAAUGUGUUUUUGUAUAAAACUAAUCACUGCUUCUUGAUCAGCAUUAACCAGGGGAAUUGCCUCUAUCCAUUUAGUAAAAUAAUCUAUUCCUACUAAAAUGAAUCUUUGUUGUUUAGAAGAUGCAGGUUUGAUUUCUCCUAUGAAAUCCAAAGCCCAUCCUCUAAAAGGCCAAGGUUUGACAAUGGCAUGCAAUUCACUGGCUGGAACAUGUUGAAUGCCUGAAAAUUUCUGGCACUCUUGACACCCUUUUGCAUAUUCAAUACAAUCUUUUAACAUUGUUGGCCAAUAUAAACGUUGUCUAAACAACAACCACUUCAUCUUAUGGCCUGACUGAUGAGCUCCACAGACACCACUAUGAACCUCUGACACAGCCAAAUAUGCUUCAGCCUCAUUCAAGCAUUUUAACAAUACGCCUUCAGUUGUUUUCUUGUAUAAAUCAUUUCCUAAUAUCACAUAGUUUAGAGCUCUGUAUUUAAUGUUUUGAUCGGUUCCUCCGAUUGGAUUAUUUAGGUAUUGGACCAAUGGGUUUCUCCAAUCAGAAUCUGUCAUAUUGUCGAUGGCAAAAAUUUCUAAGGCAUACAAAUCUUUACUUUCAACUUUGUCAUCUACCCCCCCAAAUUUUGACGUCGACAAUUGACCUAACUUGUCUGUUAUUUCAUGAGUUUCUUUCUCUUUGAUAUCGACCAUAUCUUCUAACUUGUUUUUAGAAACUCUAUAGCCAUAAGCAAUCUGUGCCAAUUCAUUUGCAAUGUAAUUAUUAGAUCUUGGUACAUGCAAGAUCUCAACAUGUUCAAAUUUUUCUAACAAGCGUAUCACAAUUGCAUAAUACAUUAUUAGAUUUUCUUUGAUGCAUUUGUACUCUUUCUUGAUUUGUCGAAUUACCAGCUCAGAAUCACCUCGAAUUUCAACUCGUGUUGCCCCCAAGUCUAUCAGGGCCUUCAAACCAGUUAUCAAGGCUUCAUAUUCGACCUCGUUAUUAGAGCAUGCUCCUCUCAUUUUAUAAUGGAACUUUGUUGGAAGUCCUUUAGGAGAAAUAAUCAAGACUCCAAUGCCUGAUCCAUUUUUGUGACUAGAACCGUCGAAAAACAACUUCCAGUUAGUUUGUUCGACUAGAUUUGCAGGGAACUCGACUAACCCAUGUUCGACUAUAAAAUCAGCCACAACUUGUCCUUUCAUAGCUUUUAAAGGAACAUAUGUUAAGGAGAAUUCAGUUAGCGCUAAGGCCCAUUUACCAAUUCGACUAUGCAAAAUUGGUUUAGACAACAUAUGUUUAAUAACAUCAAAAUGAGAGGACACAUACACAUCAACAGGCUUUAUAUAUUGCUUAAGUUUGUUACAUGAGAAAUACAAGCAUAAACAUAACUUUUCAAUAUCAUUAUACCUAGUUUCAGCAUCCACUAAGGUUCGACUUAGAUAAUAUAUAGCUCUUUCGACGCCAUUAUCAUCCUCUUGGGCUAACAUACUCCCAAUUGUCGAACCUGAUGCAGCUAUGUACAAUUUCAUACUCUUUGUCCUAUUGGGGGGUAACAAAAUAGGAGGCUUAGUUAAAUAAGCUUUUAUUUGGUCGAACGCCUGUUGAUGUUCUGGCUCCCAUUUGAAUUGAUCUUGAUUCUUGAGCUUCACAAGUGGUGAAAAAAUCUUCGUUUUGCCACUUAGAUUUGAAAUAAAUCUCCUCAAGAAAUUAAUUUUCCCCAACAAUGACUGGAGUUGUUUCUUUGUUUCUGGCGCCUUUAGCUCCAAGAUUGCUUUCGUCUUGUUCUGGUUUAUCUCAAUACCUUUCUUGUGAACCACGAAGCCCAAGAAAUCCCCUGCAUGGACACCAAAAGCACAUUUUAAAGGAUUCAUUUUGAGUCCAUAUUUUCUCAUUCGUUCAAAAGAUUGUCGAAGAUGGUCUAAGUGACCAUUUUCAGAGUUAGAUUUUAUUACAAUAUCAUCGAUAUAGACCUGCAUAAACUUGUCAAUAAAAUCAUGAAACAUGGAAUUCAUAGCUCGUUGAUAUGUAGCUCCAGCAUUUUUUAAACCAAAGGGCAUUACUACCCAUUCAUAAGUUCCUAAAGCACCUGGGCAUCGAAACGCCGUCUUAGGUACAUCUUCGUCAGCUAUAAAAAUUUGGUUAUAACCUGAAUAUCCAUCUAAUAAACUGAGAUAUUCAAAUCCGGCUGCGGAAUCGACUAACAUUUCAGCAACAGGCAUGGGAUAUUCAUCUUUAAGGGUAGCCUUAUUUAAAUCUCUGAAAUCUAUGCAUAUACGAAGGCUACCAUUUUUCUUUAUUACAGGCACUAUAUUAGCUAACCAUUCGACAUACCUCGCAGUUCGAAUAAACUUGCUUUUCAGCAAUCUUUCAAUUUCUACUUUGAUUUUUUCCAUAACCUCUGGCGCAAAUCUUUUAGGAAGUUGCUUGAUAGGUUUCUUUCCUGGGUUUAAAGGUAAUUGAUGUUCAACCACACUUCGACUUAAACCAGGCAUUUCAUUGUAAUCCCAUGCAAAACAAUCCUUAUAUUCUUUCAACAGUCGAACCAACUUGGUCUUUAGGUCACUUGUAAGUUUUGUACUUGAAGGAUAGAAAAACACUUAGAAAGGGGGGGAUUGAAUAAGUGUGACUUAAAAUCUUGAGCGAUAAAAAUAAAAUGCACAAUUAUUUUUAUCCUGGUUCGCUGUUAACGAAGCUACUCCAGUCCACCCCCGCAGAGAUGAUUUACCUCAACUGAGGAUUUAAUCCACUAAUCGCACGGAUUACAAUGGUUUUCCACUUAGCCGCAACUAAGUCUUCCAGAGUCUUCUGAUCACAACCUGAUCACUCCAGGAACAACUGCUUAGUUCACUCCUAAGACUUUUCUAGAGUCUACUGAUCAACACGAUCACUCUAGGCUUAGUUCACUCCUAAGACUUUCUGCUCAGCCAACUGCCAAGACUUCCUGCUCAGCUAACUGCUAAGACUUCCUAGAGUAUACUGAUCAACUGAUCACUCUAGUUCCUUACAACUUAAUGUAAUCUAUUCAAGAGUUUACAAAUGCUUCUUAAAAGCGAUAAUCACAACUGUGAUAUUUCUCUUACAAUUUAAGCUUAAUCUCACUAAGAUAUUACAACAACAAUGUAGUGAGCUUUGAUGGAGAUGAAGAUUCUGAGUUUAGAUUUGAACAGAGUUUCAGCAAGUGAAUUUGAAUUGUAUUGGUGCGAAAAUCGUUCACCUUGCUUCUCAUCAGAACUUCAUAUUUAUAGGCGUUGAGAAGAUGACCGUUGAAUGCAUUUAAUGCUUUGCGUGUUCCGUACAGCUUUGCAUUUAAUGUUAUACGCUUUUGUCAACUACCUCGAGCCUUGUUCACGCUGUGUCUACUGACGUAGCCUUUAGUAGCUUUAACGUUCCUUUUGUCAGUCAGCGUAGUCUGCCACGUGUACUUCCUUCUGAUCUGAUGUUUGUGAAUACGACGUUUGAAUAUCAUCAGAGUCAAACAGCUUGGUGCACAGCAUCUUCUGAUCUUCUGACCUUGAAGUGCUUCUGAGCGUGAUACCAUCUUCUGAUCUUCAGUGCUUCUGAUCUCAUGUUCUUCUGAUGCUUCCAUAGACCCAUGUUCUGAUUCUGCUUCGACCAUCUUCUGAUGUCUUGCCAGACCAUGUUCUGAUGUUGCAUGCUGAACCAUUUGAGACACAUCUUCUGAGCGCUGAAUUAUGCGUACUCUUUAUAUAUAUUUCCUGAAAGGGAAAUUGCAUUGGAUUAGAGUACCAUAUUAUCUUAAGCAAAAUUCAUAUUAUUGUUAUCAUCAAAACUAAGAUAAUUGAUAAGAACAAAUCUUGUUCUAACAAUCUCCCCCUUUUUGAUGAUGACAAAAACAUAUAUAAAUGAUAUGAAUUUGCGAUCAGAAAGAGUAGACGGCA